AUGAUCACGGUGUUUGCGAGACCGGUCCAAUGCGUCGUCAAUAUCCGACUCCCUGGUUCGAUUCGAGCCCCUUUCCGCGCUUAUAGACAGGCCGCAGCUGCAGCAGCUGCAGCUACUGUACUGGAACGACUUCCGCCUGUUUUCCCCAUGUCGAUAUCGCCUUCAGCUGUUCCUGGACUCGCCAAAGUGCCGGUACCACGUCCAUCUGCGAGCCUGGUCAUUGUCAACCACCGGAACGAGGUUUUGUUGGUUCAGCGGAACCCCAAGGCGACGGCGUUUGGUGGAUUCCAUGUGUUCCCUGGAGGGAAUUACGACCAGAAGCAGGACAAAUCGCUCGCCAUAACCGCCAUUCGCGAGACGUUUGAGGAGUCGGGGUUGUUGCUCGCUUCACCGUCCUCGGGCAACUCUACAGUGCCCGAAUCUGUCCUCGAUGAAGCACGUUUCGCCAUCCAUCAGCAGCGAAAGCUGUUUGAGGAUUUCUUGUCGGAGAACAGCCUCACACCUGACAUUGGCUCGCUAUUACCUUUCACUAAAUGGAUAACCCCUGUUGGACCUCCGAAGCGUUUCGAAACGCAGUUUUUCGUCACGUUCCUGCCGUCGGCAUCGGUUUCUGGCUUCUCGUCUGGAGAGAAGAAAGAGAGGCUGCCUACUCCUGAUGGUGGUCAAGAAGUGAUCGCAGCACGAUUCGUCCAUCCUUCCGAGGCUAUCGCGGAUUCGAAAGCUGGAAAGAUCAACUUUAUGCCUCCGCAGUUUUAUAUCCUUUCGACGCUGUCGGAUAUUCUGAAGGGGAACGAGAAUACGGCUGAGCAACGCGCACAAGUGCAGGCGCUUUCGAGCAGUCCGUUUGGUGCGCUGACGAUUAACCCGGUGGCGGUGGGCAAGGAUGAGAAGGGGCGAACUAUUCUCGGUUACGAGGGCGAUGAAAGUCGGGGUGGGGUGAAGGGUCGUCUGCACCGGGCAUAUCUGAAGAUGCCAAAGGGGGCUGCUCAGGAGAUUACCUUGGUCAGAAACUUUGACAUAUUCAGGGAUAUCGACCCAAGUUUCUCCACUCCACUGCCGAUUCCCCGGCUGUAA